GAUGUGCUUUCUCCUUUCCACAGGAACUGAAUCAUGAGUGCCCUAAUGAAGUUAUCACUUUGCCUCUUCUUGCUUUUGGCAAAAAUGGUGUGUCAGGAUUAUGAAGAUGAACACACAGCUUACAAUGAACAUGACACCUGGUCAGAUGCAGAAAUUCCUUUUGCUCACCUACCAACUUUUUUCGAUCCAAGUAUCAACAUCUUUGAAUAUGGGGAUCACUACAUCCAGUAUACGAAUGAAUGUGCCAGUGAGUGUUUCUGUCCUCCCACCUAUCCUUAUGCAAUGUAUUGUGACAACAGAAAACUGAAGGUAAUUCCGAAUGUUCCUCAGCACAUACGUCAUUUGUAUAUACAGUUUAAUGACAUUGAAACUUUGAGUGCAAGUGCAUUUGUCAAUGCCACAUCUCUCAGAGAUAUUAAUCUAAGCAACAAUAAAAUAAGGUCCUCACAAGUUGACAGAGGGAUAUUUGCUAAAAUGAAAAACCUUGCACAUCUUCACCUUGAACACAACUACCUGGUGGAUAUUCCAGCACCUUUGCCAAGCAGCCUUCAAAGACUUUUUCUUGGCUUUAAUCAGAUUUCAAAGAUAUCUGCAGAUGCCUUCCAAGACUUAGUCAAUGUUACAAUGUUGGAUCUGUGUGGAAACAAACUCACUGACUUUAAAGGCAAAAUACUACCAAAAAUGAAAAGCCUAAUGCAAAUCAAUCUGUGUCAUAAUAAACUGAAAGCCAUGCCUGAGCUUCCAGCUUCUGUGAUGCAAUUAUCACUGGAGAACAAUUCAAUUUCAUCCAUUCCUGAAGGCUACUUCAAAAAAAUACCAAACCUUAUGUCUCUCAGACUAUCCUACAACAAGUUACAAGAUCUACCUUAUAAUAUCUUCAACCUGUCUAGUUUAAUGGAACUGAACCUUGGCUACAAUCAACUGUCAAAAACGUUCUUUAUCCCAAGAUCCCUGGAACAUCUUUACCUCAAUGAUAACGAAUUUCUUGAUCUGAAUAUUUCUUUGAUGUGCCCAUCAGUGGAUCAUACCAGACCGAACCUACUCACAUACAUUCGUAUUGACCAAAACAAGCUUAGCAAGCCACUUAACAACUUUAUUUACUCAUGCUUUCCUCGAAUUCAGUACAUCUACUAUGGGGAACAGAGGGUCACUCAACAAUUGUUGCCUCAUUCCUUUCAACGUUUUUAUACCUUUACUCAAAUUAUUACAGAAUCAGAGCAAAGUCCAGGAACACAAGAAUAUACCGAAACAGACACAUGGGAUUAUUAAAAAUUGAACUGAACGUGCAGCACAUAAAUGAAUAUAUCAUCAUCCAACUAAAGAAAUACUUGCUUAGCAAAGAUGCCACAACUUGAUAAGUCAUUUAAGAAAUCUUCAGUCUUCAAAUGUCAAAUUUAAAAUUCUAUAUUUUUAUGAAGUAUUAAGCUGUUAGUUUACUACUGCACAAGUUUUUGACAACCUUACAAUCUUUACACUUCAUUACAAUUAUACUAGUUUAACAGAUGUACAGGUUGAGCACAUCCUCAAGGAUUCUGGAACAACAUUUAUGAAGAUAUCAUUUUUAAUUUUAUGAUACAAUACCCGUGAAUUCUUUAUUGACUAACAAUGUUUACUAUUUCUGUCAUUUCCAGCAUCUUAUAAUACAUUAGCUAUAUUGCUGCAUCUUGUUGAAUAGAUUUAUUAGCAGGCUUUAAAAAAAUUGUGCUUUGGCAUCACUGUUAAAUAGCUGGACUAAGAAUUAUAGUCAUGAAUAGAACCAGUUGAAAAGUAUUUUUUUUCAUAGCUGCAUCUUAUUGUGGUCACUGCCGUGAUAUUAUUGUUGCUAACAUGUAAAGGGUAAAAUAAACUAACUUCUUUUUUGUUGA